UCCGCUAAUAAAACGAAAUAGAGAAAUAAAAAUAACGAGAAAAGUGCCUCUGGGAUUUUAUUUAUUCGCAAGUCAUUGGAUUUUGUGUGGACUUAAUUUACCACAGCUGAGUCAUUGUGAUUGGAAACAGUGAUAUUUGGUGAAUAUUCAGAUGAAGUCUGUGAUAAAUUGAAUACAUCACUGCGGACUAGGAAGACCCCUGGAACACUGGAACUAUCCGUUGAUUCAAUUAUUUCUCUAACAAAUAAGAAAAUGCUGAUGCCAGGUGCCACAGGACUGAGUGCUGUUGGUGCAGGUCCAACUGGUCCUGAGGAGUUGGUAUCUAGUCUGGGUGCACUUGCCGGUGUAACACCACAGCAGAAAGACACCACCUGGACAAAGUUGUUUGUUGGUGGAUUACCUUAUCACACGACAGAUAAGAGCCUGAGGGAGCAUUUCAAUGUGUAUGGAGACAUCGAAGAGGCUGUUGUCAUCACUGACAGACAGACUGGCAAAAGUAGGGGAUAUGGAUUUGUAAUCAUGGGAGACAGACCGGCAGCUGAGCGAGCCUGCAAGGAUCCAAAUCCAAUAAUAGAUGGAAGAAAAGCAAAUGUAAAUCUGGCGAUAUUGGGAGCAAAACCAAGAGGCAAUCUCCAAGCCACUUUUCCAUUCGCAGCUGGAAUUCGAGCUGGAUAUCCCACAGUUCUUCCCGGCCAGUAUAGUGUUCCACCUGGUUACAUGUAUCAAUCACCGUACUUAACAGCAGCAGCAGCACCAGGUGGACUUGUACAAUUACCAACGACACAAUUGAGUCAUGCAGCGGCUGUUGCAGCAGCAUCACAAUUCUAUGAAUAUCAGAAUGCAGCAGCGGCAGCUGCAGCUGCUGCUGCUGCUGCAGCCACGUAUCCGGGUACGUCAUCCUACAACUUCGCCGAGGCGGCCGCCUAUCCAUACACCAGCGCUGCCGCGGCCGGUACGUCUUUAAAACAGCGCAACGAACGCAGCAGCCGCCAGUUACGUAACACCAUAUACGUACGCAACCCUACCAGGUGCAGGAGCAUUGCAGGGUGCAACGACGACGGGUGGUGCAUUCCCGGGUUUGCCAUACCAAACAACACCCCAGGAAGCGAGACUUCAAUAGAACCCUCUCGGGUCUAAAUUAGUAAGAUAUUAACGAAAGAAAAACCACCAAACCAUGAGAAAGAAGAAAAAUGUUAAGGAAUAGUCCUUAUGGACGAUAACAAAUAUAAAUAAAGACAGUAAAAUAUUGAAUUCAGUUUGGGUCGAUCUGGUGUUCAGCUCAAUUUUCGUGAACAAUUUUAAAUUUUAAAUCGAAGUGAGAUGACAAAAAAAUUACUAAUUCCUUUUUUUUGUGAACGUAAAUUCGCUUUUCAAAAAAAAUUCUGCCGAAGUAUUUCUGUCUCUUCUGGAUAUCGACAGUUUCAUUCUGAAAUUGCCAGUAGUCAAAAUUUUAUCGUUGUAAUACUUCGCUACUGAAUUUCUGAAAUGAUAGUGAUUUUUCGAAAUUUCCGUUUAUUUUUGGAAGAUCCAUUUUCUCACCGUCAGAUGAAAAACUCUUUCAUUACUCACUCGAACCUCUUUCUUCCUUAAUCUUCCCUCAGAAGCCAAAAUAACGUGGAUAAAUACCGAGAGAUUUUUUUUCAUUGGCUUAUUCUUUAAAUGAGUUUGCCAAUUUCCUCCAAAGAGUGUUUAAAUUUUCUUAUAAUACAACUAUACUUAUUUAUGUCGAUAAUAUCUCAGACAUUACUUGAUAUUAUUUAACCACUCGACAGUGUAAAUUAAUUCAAAAAUUUAUAAAAACUAAAAUCCAUUAAAAAUGGUGAAAAAAAUAAUGUACAUCAUAGUUGUAGGUCGAUUUAAUUGUAGAUAGUCGACAGUGUUUUCUAUUCAACUGAAUUACAAAGGAAAUAAAAAAGACACAGAUGAUUGAUCGAUCAUCAGUGGAAAUAGUAAAUCACAAAUAAACUUUUCAAUUUCUUUCAUUCAUUCAAUUAAAUUAAUCAGAUAAUGUGGCCUUAGAGCUACCAAUGUGUCUUGCUCCUGAGGCCUUAUCGCAAACCUCUCGACUAAUCGAAUCAAAAGUCUUUUAAUGACAAUGAAAAAUCCUCAGUGUUUAUUUUAUAUGAAAAAAUCUUGUUGAUUGAGUGAUUUUUGCAUGUGAAAAAUCGCUCAAUAAUGCACAAAUAAAAUAUGAGAUAAAAGUAAAUAAGAUUGAAAGCUAGUCAGUGAGAGUCGUCGUUCAGAGAAGGGAAGAAAUAUUUUUGUCCUAUUCUCCUGUAAAUGAAUUUUAAAAAAGCAGUGAAAAGUUGACAACAACUUUUCUUUAAUGUUGAAAGAACAGUAAAUAAUUACUGUCAUUUUUUUUACUCUUAGGUAAAUUCGUUAAGAGUUGAGAAUGAUAUUAAACAUGACAACGUGACUGUCUAGAAUUAAUUAGUAAAUUGAUUGAAAUUUUCACCUAAGUAACGUAAUGAGAUCGUUGAAAUCAUCGAAAAGUCUGAAAUCAAAAUUUGAUGAAAAAGUGAAAGGUUCUAUAGUCUCGAGUAAGGCAUUGUUUAUUUAAGAAAAAAAUAAUGUGACAUUUAAAUUGAAAUAUUUUCACUCGUGUCCUAGAAUUAUGGAAAAUAAAAAAUCAGAAGUUUCAAUUUUUCUUACGAUUUAAUUUCAGUUUGUAAACUGUCGCAGAUUGUUUCAGAUGGAAAACUGUUAAAAUGACUAGAUGAUCGACUUUAAAACGACGACUUUCUUGUAUAAAGCUAUGAAGACGUUAGUGUCAAUGUUGAGAAAAAUUAAAAAAAAAAUAAACAUAUAAUUAUAGUUAAGAUAAUUCAUAAAUUUACUGAGCAUAAUGUAGAACAAUUAAUAUUAUCGUCAUUAUUCUUUACAUUGUAACGAUUAUUUCAUCAUUAUUGCAAUUUUUAUCACAAUCAUUAUCAUCUCAUUAUCAUUUAUAUCAUUUUUAUUGAGAUGUUUCAUUCAUGUUCAUUGACUCAUAGACUAUUAAUAUAUAAUUAUUUUUAUCAAUUAUUAUUCAAUCAUUACUAUCUUUAGAUACUUAAUUAGUACGUCCGACAUAUUAAUAAUUUAUAAUUAUGAAGAACGAACUCAAUUAAUUAAGGAAAACUGAAAGACGAAAUGAUUAUUUGACAAGUGGAGAAUUAAUGAAGCUUAGAAUUUGAAAUUAUUUUUGAAGAGCAAAUGAAUAGCGUAAUCAGUCGUCGAUAAUCGGUUGUAAUAUACUUUAUUCUCUGUUAUAACGUUUAAUGUAAUGGUAAAGUAAUUAUUGAGACACCUUAGGUUAUAACAAAAACAAAUAAAUAAAUUCAUAUAUUGUCUCUAAGAGAAAAA